AUGGAGAAGUUUUUGAACUCAACAAAUAGAGUGACUGCAGAAUCAAAGAAAGGAACAGGAAGACAAUUAACUGGUCCAACAAUUGCUGGAGGUCCACUGUUUACUUCGGACAGUCAUAGAAAGUCUCUUCCUGCCUACUUAAGAACUCCUAAAGGCUCUUGUCAUGAUUAUUGCAAGUUUGGAAUCAGGUAUGUCACUGAAGAUGAUAGUAAAGGCUCCUCUAUUAACAGUUUGGGUGAAGAAGUGCAGCAUAAAGAUCCAAAUCGAGUGAAUAACUUGAAUUUAAAAGAGACAAGAAAUAGACAUGCUGGUACGAAGCCAUUGCUUAACGUAGAUAAACUGAAUGCCAUUAAGAAGAAAACUACUCCAAUAUUUGAGGAGUCUACAUGGAUGAAAGAAUCUGUCAACUUCAAAAGAAUUUCAACUGUGAAGCAUGCAAUUGCGUCUGUAUCUUCCAAAGGUAAAGGUAAUCAAGGUAGAGAAAUGGACAAUGAAAAUUUGAAAUGUGAGAGUGGAUGUAAGUCUGAAUAUCAACCAAAAGAACCUGCUUCCCUCCUAAAGAAAACAUAUUCUCCUGGAAAACGCAACAUGCUUAAGAAGACACCUGCAAAGGGCAGCACUAAAUCUUAUGAAAAUUGCAGAUUUAAGCUAAGGGCUUCAUUGCCAUUCAAUAGGAUUGAUACUGUCGCUUAUCUUGCACAGGCGAACACAACUACGGUAAGGAUUGAAUCUCAACCUGCUAUUAAGAGCUCAAAUAGUUCUAGCAAUGAAGCACAUGUGAGAAGGGAUAUUAGUGGUAUGCCAAGAAUGGUAGAAAAGGAAUCAGUGAAAUUGCAAAUGCCUUCUCAUUCAUACAAACAUGCUAAUAACGAGUCAUGUUUGGAGGCAAUGAUCAAGAACCAAAAAUUUGGAAUGGUGAAACCUGAUGAAGAAAACAAGGAGAGUAAAACAACUUCUGCUAUUCAGCCAAAAUUCAGUUGUGACUCUGAUGAUCUUAAACCAGUAUCAAAAAAGGAGAAUUAUGAUUUUGUUUCUCUAACUCAGAUAUCAUGGAAGUUGGAGGGCAUUCAAGAUUCUUCACAGGCUGAAUCCCCAGAACCAGAAUGUGUUGACUUCUCUUUAGCUGAGCUAAGUUCCCCAAUGGAUGAGGAGAAUUAUUCAAACUGCAUAGAGAAGGAAUCUAACAAUGACUGGUCAUCCCAUUCAUUGGCAUAUGAUGAAGAAACUGAGGAAUCACAUUCUGCAAUUACUGAAUUAACUGAACCAGAGGAUGAAACUGAGGAAGUGGAAACUAGCAGUGACACCAUAAUCGACGAAUCAGAUUCUGCAAUCAGCGAAUUCAGUGAAGUGGAGGGAAUCAAAAGUGGCAGCGAUACCAAAACUUCAAUGAUCAGAGAAAGGAGGUUGACAGAAACUGCCAGUGUUCAUCCUGAAGAACAUCUUUCUGUACCUUACAUGUCGAUGUUCAGAAGAAGCAUUCUGCAUAUGAUUGAGAGCGGUCAUUGUGGUCAAGUUGUUAGGAAAGGCUUCCGACAAAUGCCUACGGUGGAAGUUCCAAGCAAUCUUGAUCCUGAAGCAGCAGCAGUUGUGCUGAGGCAUCAAGAUGUUCAGCAAAAGAGAGACCCGCUUGGUCUGUCCAAUAAUGUGAUCGAAGAAACUGCAAGCCAACUUGAUCAGAACACAAACACAAAAGUGCAAGCAUUGGUGAGGGCAUUUGAGACGGUCAUCUCUCUCCAUUCUCCGAGAUAA